AUGGAUCCCCGUACCACUGCCCAGGACGUAAUGAGAUGUGACUUUUGUGAGACCGCUGUAGUACAGAUGCACUGUGCUACAUGUCUUGUCAACCUGUGUAAGGCCUGUGUGGGAGAACAUAUCUCAACAGGUGAAUCCAAUGAACAUAAAGUUGUCAAAUUUCAGGCAAGGAAAUCCAUUCCCCUCUACCCCAGAUGUAAAAAACAUAAUAAAAGGGAAAAUACAAUGUACUGUAACUUAUGUGACAUUCCUGUAUGUACAAAGUGCAUUGCAACUGAUCAACAUCUUGGUCAUAAAGUAUCAGAAAUCUUACAAAUUGUGGCUGAAAAAAAGGCUAAAUUCAUCAAAGAACAGAUUGAAUUAAAUGAGACAAUUUAUCCAACUUAUCAGAACAUUGCCUCUGAGGUACAAAACAGAAUGAGUCAGUUAGAAAAGGAAUAUGGAGAUCUCUCAAAAGCCAUUAAAAAACAUGGAGAGAACUGGCACAGAGAAAUUGACAAACUUGUCAAGAAACUUCAGUCUGAGGUUGAUGAAAUGAAAAACGCACAGUUACAAACUCUGCAGAAACAUCUGAAUAACAUAAACAAGAACAUUUCUGACAUCAAGGAUGAGAUCGAUUCAAUUGAUAUUGCUAUAGACACUAAUGACUUGUCCAAACAGUUAAGUGUCACAUCUAAGAUAAAUAUAUACAGAAAUCUUCCACAAAAAAUUGCACCAGCUUUACCCAAAUUCAUUGCAGGAAAAAUCGAAGGAAAAAAACUGGAUAAACUGUUUGGAGCCUUAUCAAUAGAUUCUCCUACAUCAGAUAAACAUGGCUACAGCAUGAAGACAACACAGAAAUCACCAGAAACUCGAUCCUCUCCUCCAGUCAAACUGCUGCUUGAUGAACCAGAGACUGUCACCACCAUAAACACUGAGUAUGGAAUCCUUAACGAUGUGGCCUGUCUGAAUGAUGAAGAAAUCUGGACAAAAGGAAAUGGAAAUGACAGCACCAUGAAACUGUUCAGCAUCAACCAGGGAUCACUUCUCAAUUCAAUCACAACCAAGUCAGGAGAAAGCCCGACAGCCAUAGCAGUGACACAAGAUGGAGAUCUAGUUUAUACUGACUACCAUAAUGGAACUGUGACCAUUGUGAAGAGUAAGAAGAUAGAGAAGGAGGUGAUCAGACCUGGCAAUAACUGGAGACCUUUUGGUGUCUGUAGUACCUCCUCCGGUGACCUUCUGGUAACCAUGAAUAAUGAUAUGUAUUAUUUUCAUGGUGAUGGUACAUGUAGAGAAUCAAAAGUUGUCCGUUAUUCUGGCUCCAAAGAGAAACAAACCAUUCAACAUGAUGAUAAAGGUAAACCUCUCUAUUCAUCAAAGAGUUUUAAUGCUUUUAUUAUAGAUAAGAACAUCUCAGAGAAUAGAAAUCUGGAUAUUUGUGUUGCUGACUGUGAUGCUAGAGCUGUAGUUGUGGUCAAUCAGGCCGGGAAACUGAGAUUCAGGUACUAUGGACAUUAUCCUUCCCCAAAGAAAAAGGCAUUCAAUCCACUAGGAAUCACUACAGACAGUCAGAGUCACAUCCUUACCGCUGAUGAUAUCAAUGGCUGUGUCCACAUCAUAGACCAGGAUGGACAAUUCCUCCGAUACAUAGACUGUGGACUGAGUGAACCACAGGGACUGUAUACAGAUACAAAUGAUAAUCUGUUUGUUGCGCAGUUGAUAAACAGUCAAGUAAAAAAAAUCAAAUAUCUGCUCUGA